ACAACGAGACCCAUCGCCGCGCCGCCCAGCUUUGCCCUAAGCCCGUUAUUUUCGCGCUCCCUCAGGUCCUCCUACUGUCUCCCUCUCUCUCUCUACAGGGUACAGGGAGGGAGAGUAUCAGAAGACCUAUAUAACUCGUUCUUUAUCAUCAUCUCCCUCCCCUUCUUCUCCUUUCAGGUGAAGCGAAGCUUCCCGUGCCUUUCCUCUUCGACCUUUCUCUUUUUAGCUCAUACUAUAUGGGUGAGGAGGCUCCGUUCUAGCGGCAAUGACACUCCCCCUCCAGAGGAUAUUUGCUAUGAGCAGCUGCUUAAGUGCUCGUUGCUACGUCGUUUCUCGACUACUCCCAAUGGAGCGAUUUCAAGCUUUGCGAUGCCCAUUUGGUAGCGUCUUCGUUUAUUCGUCAUGGAAGGAAGAUACGGGCAGGAAUGUUAUUAGACUUAAGUUACGGAAGCCGGUGGAGAAAAACAGUAAUAUUGUGGUUCCUGUAACUGCGGUUUCUUCUUCUAGAUCGCUUUUAGCUGAUGUCAAUUCCCAAAAAGACUCAUUAGGAUGCUUAGUACAAGGGUCACAAAGUUUGCAAAGAAAAGGAGCUCCAAGGAAAAUAAAUUCUUUGGUGGUCUCAUCGUCAUGCAUUCUGAACAGUCCAAGUACGUUGAAGCAUAGCAAAUUUAGUUCCAAGGCAGUUGGUUCUUCUGUAGCACAAAACAAUCACAUAGAUGAAAAUGGUAUAAUUCAUGAAGCUGCUAUAACACCAGAAUCUACAGCUGAAGGCAGUUCUCAAGUUGGCAAAAGGAAAAAAAAUCUUUCUCACAGUAAGAAAACAAAGUCCUCAUUAGUUGGUGAGGGAACUGCAUCGAAGGAGACUUCACAUCAGAAGAAGCACACAGACAAAAAAUCUAAUGGUAAAAUUGCUCCACAGCAGUCUGAGGUUGUCCCAAAGGCUGAUAGCCAUUACAAUGGUGUGAAAAAAAGGAAAUCAACAGCUGCUUCAAAGAAGAAGAAACCUGAAAUUGAUGCAUCACAUGGUAAAGGUGCUGGGAAAGAUGCUGUUGUUGCUGUAAAAAGUAAUGACCGGAAAGAGAUUGAAUCUGAAGAUGAUCCUCAGAUUCAUCAACCAGUGGAAAAAUUGGAAGCCUCUAAAUCAAAGAAGCCUUCCAAGAAAUCAGCAGCCAAGAGUGCACAAAGUAACCCAUCACAAGCAGGAAAAACGUGCCCUGUGAUUUCACCAGUUCUAAGUGAAACUGAGAAUUCCCAGCAACAUCUGGGCCCGCUGUAUCCUCCUCUUGGAAAAACUGUUGUUAUAGUCGAAUCCAUUACAAAAGCCAAGACUAUUCAAAAUUAUCUGGGAGACAUGUUUCAAGUUUUACCAAGUUAUGGCCAUGUUCGAAAUUUAGCUGCCAGGUCAGGAUCAGUUCGCCCUGAUGAUGACUUCAGUAUGGUUUGGGAGGUUCCUUCAACUGCAUGGACUCAUCUGACAAGUAUCAAGGUAGCACUUAAUCGUGCAGUGAAUCUUAUCCUUGCAACGGAUCCUGAUCGUGAAGGAGAGGCAAUUGCUUGGCAUAUUGCUGAAAUGUUACGCCAGCAGGGUUCAUUACAUGAAAACAUUAGAGUUGCUAGAGUUGUCUUUCAUGAGAUAACCGAGUCAGCCAUUAAAGCUGCACUGCAGGCUCCCCGAGAUAUAAGCAUGAACUUGGUUAAUGCUUAUCUUGCACGUUCUGCUCUUGAUUAUCUGAUUGGUUUCAAUGUUUCACCUAUUCUAUGGAGGAAGUUACCUGGAUGCCAAUCAGCUGGUAGAGUUCAGUCUGCUGCUUUGGCUCUUGUCUGUGACAGGGAAAGAGAAAUCGAGCAAUUUAAAGCUCAAGAGUACUGGACGGUUGAAGCUGAGUCAUCUUCCAUUGAAGUACCUUCCUUGAGCAAAGCCACUUGUCUAAAGGCACGCUUGACCCACUUCAAUUCAAAAAAGCUCGAGAAGUUCUCUAUUACUUCUCAAGAAGAGGCGGAUAGCAUCGUGCAGAAUGUUUCUGCUUCUAACUUCAGAGUUGAAGGUGUUAAUUUCAGUAAAAUGCAUAAAAAUCCUCUUCCACCAUAUAUUACAUCUACGCUUCAGCAGGAUGCUGCAAACAGGCUGUCAUUUUCUGCAGCAUACACAAUGAAGCUGGCCCAAAAGCUUUAUGAGGGAGUGAAGUUAUUGAAUGAUGAAGCAACUGGUCUGAUAACAUAUAUCCGUACUGAUAGCUUUCAUGUUUCUGAUGAAGCUGCAAAAUCCAUCCUUGAAUUUGUUUCUGAAAGAUAUGGGAAGGGUUUUGCUUCAACGUGCAUUCGAAAAUUUCUGAAGAAGGUGAAAAAUGCUCAAGAGGCUCAUGAAGCUAUAAGACCAACUGAAAUACAGCGUUUACCAUCUGCCUUGUCUGGUGUGCUUGAUGAAGAUUCUUUGAAGCUUUAUACACUUAUAUGGUGCCGCACCAUGGCAUGCCAGAUGGAACCUGCUAUCUAUUUGAAGGUGCAAGUUGAUUUUUUGGACCCAGGAGAAAGCCUGAGACUUCGUUCAACUGAUUCUAAAAUUGAUUUCCUUGGAAGUCAGGCUGUUUACAAGGAUGAAGAAGCUACUGUUCUUGGUCAAGCUGAUGAACAUGAUGUUGAUGGAGGGGAUGCUUUUCACUUGCUUUCUAUUUUUAAGCCUGGAGAACAAGUAACUUUUGCUAAGGUGGAGCCAAAGCAGCACUCCACAGAGCCCCCGCCACGGUAUUCGGAGGGGACACUGGUUAGGAAGUUGGAAGAACUUGGGAUUGGAAGACCAUCAACUUAUGCUACCAUAUUGAAAAUAUUGCAGGAAAGAAACUACAUCACAGUGAAGACCCAGCGGGUGUUUCCAGAAUUUCGUGGCCGCAUGGUUUCUGCAUUUCUUUCACAUUACUUCUCAGAGGUGACAGAGUAUGGCUUCACAUCUGACAUGGAAAAUGAGUUGGACAAUGUUUCUGCGGGUAUGACUGAAUGGAAGAGUCUUUUGAACAAUUACUGGACACGGUUUAGCAAGUACUGUGACCAUGUGACCAAAGUUGAUAUUCGACAGGUGGAACAGAUGUUGGGAGAGACUUUUAAGGAUCAAUUAUUCUCUUCUCUACUUAUUAAACACAGAACUUGUCCUAGUUGUCUAGUUGGGAGCUUGAUCUUUAAAGUCAGCAGACAUGGUUCCGGAUACUUCAUUGGUUGCGAUCAACAUCCAAAAUGCUCGUACAUUGCUAAAACAGUUAUUGGUGAUGAAGAUGAUGAUGUGGUUGAUAAACCAGACUCGUGCUUCCAACCAAAGUUAAUAGGUUUGCACCCAACCUCUAAUGAAAAGAUUUUGUUGAAAAAUGGACCAUAUGGGUUUUAUAUCCAACUCGGUGAGGAUAGAAAAGGCUAUUCACCAAAAAGAGCUAGCCUUGCGCAGGUUAAGGAUGUGGAAUCCAUUGGCUUAGAUGAUGCUCUGAAGCUUCUGCAGUACCCUAAGAUUCUGGGUAAUCAUCCUGAAGAUAAGAAGCCAAUCAUAUUAAAAAUCUCUAAAUAUGGAUUUUCUGUUAGACAUAGACGCACUUGUGCUCCUGUGCCAAAGAAUGUAGACCCAGAGCGCAUCACAAUUGAAAUGGCAUUGAAGUUUUUGACCGGCAGGUUUGCCAAACAAAUUGGUCGACCUAAAACCAAAAACUUGGUCAUGAGCGAAGCUUAAUGAAGACAUACUGUGGAAUAUCAUUUUUUUUGGAGAAUAGAGCACCGAUUCUUUUGUAACAUUUAGUCCAUUAGAAGAGAAAUCGGAGGAAUGAAUUCCAUUUAGUUCAUGUAAAUAAUCUGUUGAAAUUUUGUAACAGCUGUUGUAAUCUUCUUAAAUAAAUUGCAAUAGAUGAUGGAAAUAAGGUCCUUUUUCUC